CUAUAUUUGAUACAUUGUUAACAACAAAAGAAGUAAAUAUGGACUGCAACAAACAAUCUACUUCGUGUAACACAAACAACGAAAUUGUUAUCUCUGGUAUUGCUGGACGAUUUCCUAAUUCUGACAAUAUGAAACAACUUCAGGAUAAUCUUUUUAAUAAAAUCGAUCUUGCUUCGAACGAUAAUCAAAGAUGGAAUACUGUUGAGUUUGACAUGCCCUCUAGACUUGGCAAGAUCAAUAACAUAGAGAAGUUCGACGCACAAUAUUUCGACAUUUCUAUGUUUGAAGCUCAAGUAUUAGAUCCUAUGACUAGAAUGUUACUGGAACACACUUAUGAGGCAAUUAUUGAUGCUGGACUUAAUCCUGAAGAGUUACAUGAAACAAACACUGCAAUAAUUAUAGGAGCGUGUUCGGCAUCUACGUUUAAUGCAGUCGUGUAUAGUAAACCUCAGAUAGCUGACCAUAUAUACGCAUCAUCAAAAUAUUUCAUGGCAAACAAGAUUUCUUCUUGGUUAAAUGUCUCUGGACCAUCAUACGUUGUAGAUACAGCCUGCAGUUCAAGUCUUUUCGCUUUAGCUCAUGCGUACACAAGAAUGAAAAACGGAGAAUGUGAUGCGGCCAUUGUAGCUGGCCUUAAUCUAUGUGUACAUCCUUACGAGACAUUUCAAUUUUUUAGUCUUGGAGUAUUGUCCGCUGAUGGUUACUGCAGACCUUUUGAUGAAAAAGGCAGUGGUUACAUGAGAAGUGACACCAUAGGAGUGCUGGUUUUGCAGAAAGCAAAAAAUGCAAAACGAAUUUACGCUACAUGUGUUAAUGUUAAAACAAAUUGCGAUGGUUUCAAAGAAGAAGGUAUAACGUAUCCGUCAUUUGAAAUGCAGAAAGCUUUACUAGAGGAGUUUUAUGAGGAAUGCAAAAUUGCACCUUCUGAGAUAUCUUAUAUGGAAGCUCAUGGAACUGGUACUGUAGUAGGCGAUCCAGUAGAAGNUAAAGCUAUUGAUCACGUUUUCUGUAAAAACAGAAAUAGUCCUUUAUUGAUGGGCUCAAUAAAAUCAAAUCUUGGACAUUCUGAGCCUGCUAGCGGUAUCUGUCAAAUAGCAAAAAUACUGAUAGCAAUGGAAACUGGUAAAAUUCCAGCAACUCUGCACUUCAAAUCACCGUGAAAAGAUCUUACUGCUGUUNUUGAAGGUAGAAUNAANAUUNUUANUGAACUUACACCUUGGAAUGGNGGGUACGCAGGUGUAAAUUCUUUUGGAUUUGGUGGCGCAAACUGUCAUGUAUUAUUAAAAUCAAAUCCGAAAAAUAAGAUCAAAAAACUAGACGACUUACCUAGACUUGUGUCUGGUCGUACUGAAGAAGCUGUUAAAACGAUUCUGGAUGAUGUGCAUAAUCGGCCGAUUGAUACAGAAUAUAUUGCUCUUUUACACAGCAGUUAUAAUAAAAAUAUAGAACGUCACCCAUAUAGAGGAUAUACUAUAGUUGGAUUAACAGAAGAUCAUAGGUCAAUUAAUAAGCUAGAAUGUUCAACUUAUUCAAAUAUAAGUAAACAAAUUUGUUUUCUAUUUCCCGGAACAGACGUCAUAUGGUGUAAUAUAGGCAAAGAAUUAAUGAAACUACCAAUAAUUGUCAAAACAAUUCAGAAAUGUGAUGAAGCACUAAAACCAUAUGGUAUAUGUGUCACGGACAUUUUAUUAAAUAAAAACGAAAUUACUUGCAAUGACAGUAUAAAAUCAUUCGUGGCAAUCAUUAGUAUUCAGAUUGCAAUAGUAGAUCUUUUACUACAUAUUGGAAUUGUGCCCGAUUAUGUACUUGGUCAGUCGAUUGGUGAACUUUUGUGCGGAUAUGUGGAUGAACUUUUUACUGUUGAGGAAACAAUUUUAAUGGCGUAUUAUAUGAGUGUUGCGUUUGAUAAAAUAAAAGUAGAACAGUGUGGUUAUAUUUCUGCUGCUUCUAAUCAAUAUGCAGAAUCUACUAAAUUAAAGCUACUAGAAUAUCUGAAUCAAAUAGCACCAUAUAAAUCUAUGAAAAAUUUUAAUUACGAAAAACUGUUUGGAUUCAAACUAUAUUUCAUUAUUUCAACACGUCAACAAAAUAAUAUAGAUAGCAUUUUGAAAGGAAUUGGGAAUCUUUACAAUAUCGGAUGUCAACCACAAGUUGCAAACUUAUAUCCGCCAAUACAAUUUCCAGUCAGUCGUGGAACACCAUUGAUAUCUCCUCUAAUAAAAUGGGAUCACUCUGAGAAUCAUUACGUUCCAAAAUUUAUUUUGGAACGUAAUGAUUCUCAGAGUGAUCCUCAAUUUCACAUAAAGCAAAUACAAACUACGCCUGAUGAAAAAGCGAACUUUUCUGUACGCGUUUAUGAUUCUCUGGACGUUAUAAUAUCUGGAGGAAUAGAAAUUUAUGGCGUUAUGGCUACAAAUAUACCUCGACAAGUUACUGAACCUAUUCAUGAUGAAUAUUGUUUUAUUGCUCAUUGUGAUCGUGCUGUGAUGUCUCUAACAGAAAUUAUACAAAUAUCAGCGCAUAUCUCGCUUGAAUGUAAUCCAGUACUANAGGCAAAUUUUAUUGAAUUAAUUGAAGAUGUUGACACAGUUACAGAGCAAGAUCUAAUCUCUACAAUCCUUUAUGACAUUUUAAAUAAUUUGCCAAUGAUCGAACCAAAUGUUNCAUUGGUUGCUCCAGCUAAUCGUUUCAAAAAUAAUGAAUUAUCUCCAAAUAUCAAGCANUCCGACAAUUUGACAAAAGAUAACAAUUUCCUAAUGAUUAUUGUUUUCAAACUUUUAACAAAAAACANAAGUGAAUUAAUCAAUACAUUAUUGUCUACAUUAAAGGAAGGUUGCUUUGUGCUGUCAAGAGAAAAUCUCACUGAGUCCUACAAUUAUACAUUAUUACAACAAUAUAAGUUGAAUAUAGUUUUAGAGAAACGUACAGAGAAAGAGGCAUUUGUGCUUUUAAGAAAAACACAAAGCAUUGUACCGCAAGAAGUUAUAUAUAUAAAUAACUCUGACUUUUCGUGGAUUAACAAGUUGAAGUCUGCAUUAAACAUGGAUGAUAAAUUAAACGCAUCCACAAGAACAAUAUUAGUUGCGGAAGAUUUUGAAUGUGGCAUAUUGGGUUUUAUCAAUUGUUUACGAAAAGAGCUGAACAAAACAGAUGACAAGAUUAGAUGUGUAUUUAUCCAAGAUGAAAAUGCGCCGAAAUUCUCUUUAGAAGACUCUCUAUACAUAAAUCAAUUACACUUGGACUUGCCUAUUAAUAUUUUACGCCCCAACAAAGUUUGGGGAUCGUAUAGACAUCUUCCGUUACCACAACUAAAACCAAAAUUGGUACAGCAUGGUUAUGUCGCUCAGAGUGUGCGAGGUGAUUUGAGCAAGUUGCGUUGGGUUGAAGGCCCGAUAUCUUCUGAUUACAAACAAGAAAAUCUCGUACGUGUAGUUUACGCAUCACUUAAUUUCAAGGAUAUUAUGAUAGCUACUGGUAGAAUUCCUCUGGAUACUUCUGAAAAAGAAGCAAGAAAAGUCGAUUCUUUCCUAGGUUUUGAAUUCGUCGGGUUCAAUGCAACUGGUGAAAGAAUAAUGGGAGUAUCUACUGUAAGAGGAAUCACAAAUCUUAUUGUGGCUGAUCCACAACUUUGUUGGAUCAUUCCUGACAAAUGGACGUUUGAGGAUGCUGCAACUGUCCCAGUUGCUUAUUGUACGAGUUAUUAUGCUUUGUACACACGUGGAAAAUUAAAGAAAGGAGAUAAAAUUCUUAUCCAUUCCGGAACUGGUGCCGUUGAGCAAUCUGCAAUUUAUCUCGCGCUUUUUGAAGGAUGUGAAGUUUUCACAACUGUUGGAACACCUGAGAAACGAAAGUUUAUAAGAGAAAAAUUUCCUUCUAUUCCUGAAGAUCAUAUAGGAAAUUCUCGAGACACCAGCUUCGAACAAAUGAUUAGUCAACAAACAAGAGGUCGAGGUGUGGACAUCGUGCUAAAUUCUUUAGCAGAAGAAAAACUGCAAGCAUCUAUUCGGUGUUUGGCAAAAGGUGGUCGCUUUUUAGAAAUUGGAAAGUAUGAUUUACUAUCUAACAAUACUAUAAAUUUAAAAGAAUUUUCAAAAGGCAUUAGUUUCUAUGGAGUUAUGUUAGAUAAACUAUUUAUUAGUACUGAUGUAUCAAGAAAAAUAAAUAUUCGUAACUCGAUAAACACUAUGAUUCAGCGUGGAGCGAUCGUACCACUUGUAAGAGAAGUUUUUGAACAACAUGAGAUAGAAACCGCUUUUAAACAUAUGGCAGCUGCAAAACAUAUAGGAAAAGUAAUCAUAAAAGUACGUACAGAAGAGAAAAAUGUGGACGCUCCUAUUCUCGCGUAUCCUCAAUAUUUCUGUCAUGAACAUAAAUCUUAUAUUAUUUUGGGUGGUUUAGGCGGUUUUGGCCUGGAGUUAACUGACUGGUUGAUUCUUCGUGGCGCUCGAAAAAUUAUACUCAUUUCACGAAAUGGUAUAAAGAAGGGUUAUCAAAACUCAAGAGUAGAGUUAUGGAAAUCGUAUGGAGUAAAUGUGCACAUAAUGACAGGUUUUGACGCAUCUACUCAUAAAGAUUGUGCUUCCAUUUUACAUUCUGCCAACGAAUUAGGACCAGUAGAUGCUAUAUUUAAUCUCGCAGUUGUGCUAAAAGAUAAUAUUUUCACGAAUCAAACACCGGAAACAUUUGAAGAAACAUUUCAGUCGAAAGCUCUAGCUACAAAGCAACUGGACAAUUUGUCUAGAAAAAUGUGUCCUCAUCUGCGACAUUUUGUGGUAUUUUCAUCUGUUUCUUGUGAUAAGGGAAAUCCUGGACAAACUAACUACGGUAUGGCCAAUUCGAUAAUGGAAAGAAUCUGCGAAAAAAGAGCGCAAGAUGGAUUACCUGGCAUGGCUAUUCAGUGGGGUGCGAUAGGUGACGUCGGUCUUGUCGCUGACAUGCAACAAAACAAUAAAGAACUAGUUAUCAGUGGAACAUUGCAACAACGAAUAUCAUCUUGUUUAGAAUCACUAAACACUUUCUUAAUGCAGAAUCGACCGAUUGUAAGCAGUAUGAUUGUAGCUACAAAAUCGAAANNNUCUGGNGAUAUUCUGCANGUUGUGAUGAACAUUAUGGGAUUAAAAACUUUAAAAGGAGUUGGAGAACAUGUACUCUUGUCUGAACUAGGCAUGGACUCAAUGAUGAGUUUAGAAAUUAAGCAAACAGUAGAAAGAGAAUUCAGUGUCUUUUUCACAAUCCAAGAACUCCGAAAUCUUACCUUUGCUAAGCUCAAAGAAAUAGCUAAAAAAGAUAUGUACGACCAAAAGAAUAGUGAAAAACAACUUGACACAGAUAACUCGCAACAUAUAAAAGUCUUUAAUCUUUUCCGGUUAAUAUCUGACUUAGAUAUAUUUUCAAAAAUUUGUAUAGAGCUCUCUACACAAGGAGAAGUAGGUAGAAACCAAGUAUUUCUUUUGCCAGGAAUUGAAGGAUUUGCUAACGUAUACAACUCAAUAGCUUCAAAAAUUAAAGCUCCUGCAAUAUGCCUACAACAUAGUUCUAUUAAUCUUCCUGAAUCUGCUCACUCUGUAGUACACUCAGCCACUGAUCUUCUACCUCAUAUUUUAUCAAAACUAACAGAUUCUACAGAAUUUGUAAUUGGCGCGUAUUCAUAUGGAUCUCUUAUUGCUAUUGAAAUGGUAAAACAAUUAGAAGCUAAAAACUUUCGAGGACGAUUAGUAUUAAUCGACGGAGCUCCCAAGUACCUAAAACACUUACAGGAAACAUUUUUCCCGUUUACUAACAAUCAAGAAUUUCAACUUAUUGUGUUAAAACAAUUAAUGGAUGUGUUUAAUAUACCUGUAUCAGAAGUGAUUAUAUCAGAAAUGAGUAAAUAUGUUACCUGGGAAGAAAAACUAAAUAUUUUAAUCAAAAAUAACUCUGAAAUAGCCAAUACGAUUUCUACUGAUUCUAUUAAAAUAUUUUGUACAACAAUUUACAAACAUUUAAUUGCUAUUCGAGAAUAUGAUAUGUCUUCAUUGGUUUCAAUCCGGUCACCUAUAAUAUUAUUGAAAGCAACAAAUUCAUUACUUCCUUCGGCAGAAGAAGAUUUCGGUCUAAAUAAGAUAAGCAAAAAUGUACAAAUUCACUACGUAGAUAGCAAUCAUAUAUCAAUAAUUAAUACUGAACAGGUUGCAGCUGCUAUUAAUGGACAAAUAAAACAAGAGCAAUAAAUAGUUUAUCGUCGAGAAAAAUACCAAGAAAAUGUAAAAGUAUUAAGUAAUUUGCUGUCAAUUUAGCAAAAACAAACAAUUAUCUGGAAAAGAUAUGCAAAAUUUCUGGAAGAAUGAGCAAUCUAAAAAAAUUUAUAUACCAAGUGUCUUAAUAUACAUGAAUCUAAUAAUGACUAUUUAGUGGAAACUAUGACUCUACUAAUCUCAACAUUAUUGUAACGAUAUCAAAAUUGAUUUAAUUUAACUUUGCGAACUCAAGCAUAUAAAAAAUAGAUAAAUCUUUUAAAAACAGACAAUUGUUUUCAGGAAAUUUUUUGUUUUCUGUAAAUUGACAUCAACUUAUUAUUAUUGCUUUUUUCUUGCUGUUGUUUUGAAUACACACUACGGGUUGGUUGUGAGUUGUGACUAAAAAAUAUGGAGUGUGAUUAAAAAAACUACUUUUUGUAAAUCGAAAUAAAAUGGAUUUUGAAGUGAAAUUUAUAUAUAUUGAGUUUCUAACGAU